GCCACUUCCGGCCCCGCCCCGCGGAAGCGCUGUGGGCUGUGGUGAUGGUGUGGUGCGGAGCGGUGCUGUGGCGGCGGCUGCUCAGGAAGCGCUGGGUCCUCGGCGUCGUCUUCGGGCUCUCCCUCGUCUAUUUCCUCAGCAGCACCCUCAAGCGGGAAGAACGGACAGUGAGAGAUCGGAAUCUCCUCCAAGUGCAAGAACAUGAGCAGCCAAUCGUGUGGAAGGUGAAGUUCAGUUCGGGAAACAGCAGUCAGCUGAGUAACCAGUGCAGGAACUCUGUGCAGGGGAAGCUCCUCAUUACGGAUGAACUGGGCUACAUCUGUGAGAGAAAGGACCUGUUGGUGAAUGGCUGUUGCAAUGUCAACGUGGCCAGUACGAAGCUGUACAGCUGCGAGAGCUGCCUUCCCAACGGCUGCUGCAGCGUCUACGAGUACUGUGUUUCCUGCUGCCUGCAGCCCAGUAAGCAACAUCUUCUGGAACGUUUCUUGAACCGAGCAGCUAUAGCUUUCCAAAACCUCUUCAUGGCAGUGGAAGAUCGCUUUGAGUUGUGUCUGGCAAAAUGUAGGACUUCAUCACAGAGCGUGCAGCAUGAAAACACCUAUAGAGACCCAAUUGCAAAAUACUGCUAUGGCGAAUAUCCCCCAGAACUUCUGCCUGUUUGAAAGCUGUAUGUUCUAAACAACAAAGGGAAGGAACUGGAGACAAGAAUCCAAAAGAGCAAGACAAGAGCUGUUGCUUAAGAAGAGCCACAGUGUAAAUGGCUUGUGGCGUUUCUGGGAACGAACACGGAGGUGUACAGUGUAAGCGAGAGAAUUAAGUUCUCUGGGACUGUAUCUUGCGUUUUUCAGUUUGUUACACAUCUGCUUUCAAGUACUAGAGUACUAGUGCUUUCUUGGAAUACCUUGUUUACAUUUUAGGAAUCGUGGAGUCGAUCUAGGCUAUAAAACAUCAUAGGAAAAAUACCUAAUGAGGCUUUGCAGCUGUACAUGGAGGUUCAGUUGUGUCUCUGCAGUCCAGCGGCUUUCUAGAGUGAUGGUAAAUUGGAGGAUUUUAGCUUUUAGAGUGUAAAGCAUGUCUGUUGUGCUUCUCUCUCUGGAGCACUUCUUGACAUGCAUGGUAAUUAUGAAUUAUUUAUUCAUUUUAUAUGGAUUACUAGCUGAAAGUAUUGAUGCUUUGCAUAGCUUGUUGAUGCUUUUCAGUCCUUGUUUUAUUAUGUCAAAUAGAAAGGAUAUUUUAGAUCCUCACUAAAAUUGAUCGGGUUUUUUUUCCUCCUUAGUCUAAAGGAAUUGUAUUGGGAUCCAUCACUACAGUGCUUAUGUUCUUCAUGGUAAGUUUAAAGCAUUCAGAACUCCAAUGGAGUUGUUCCUCUGUCCAAGUCCUGUUGCGCAAGAGAAGAGCAGGGAUCUGCCAAGGAUGGGGUGUUUACUGUCUGUAAACACUUCCCUUGUUACUCUGCAACAGUUUCCUCAAAGAGGAGUCUUAGUCGUGUGAACGGCUCCCUGCUAGUCCACUUUCUGGCAGGGAACACUGAAGGUUUGUCUGCUUGAACUUGUUCAGGCCUUGGCAAUUCAAAUGGACUUCACUCCUAGUUGUGCAGGAGGCCAAAGGGUGGGGUUGUGCUAGGAUUUCAGUUUAAUGAUGUCCUUGUGCAUGAAGGAAUUAGAAUGUCAGAAGCAUUAGAAUGGCACAAGCUCUCCUCUGAGGACCGCUGUGUUGCAUGAGUUCAAUUAAACAACCAUGGUGUUUUUGAUUUGCGGUUUGAUACACUUGCUACUCUGGAACUUCGGUCUGAUCAGAAUAGCACUAGAAUAGGGUCAGUUCUCCCACAAUUUCUCUUAGCUCUCUAAAGCUGCUAUUUAAAAUGCCUCCCUCUUAAGGCCACACAACACAGAAAAGAUAAGUAGAGAACCUGUAAAAUGCUGAAUAAAUUUGUUCUCUCACUGCAAGUCCCCGAAUGAAUCCAAGUGCUAGAAAAAUUGGGCUAUUUUUUUAUAUGGAGAACCUCAUUUUUCUUGUUUUUACCCCAUCCGUCUCCUCCAUGACUUUGACUUUGUGUGUGCUUGUUUAAACUGACACUUCCUAUUCCCUUACAGAAAUAAAACAAUCUACAGAGGCUUUAAAAAAAAAAAAAAGCACUGGUGGAGUAUCCUGGUGCAAAAGAUCUGUAGAAUGUUGUUGCAAUUACAUGUGAUGUAAACAAGAAGUAGUGUUGCCACUCAUCUGAUAAAAUCCACUUGCGUUGUUUUCAUUGUUCUUUCCCAGAAGUCAUCAAGUGAGAUAAUGGUUCCGUCAGCAGAUUCUCUUGAAAAUCUUGUUUUUCCAAAACCUUAAAAGCUUUAGCACUAGCAGUGUACCGAGCUGAAAAUCUCUCCCCUUUGCUGCCAUCCUAUGGCAACUUGCUGCAGCAGACAGGUGAUGGUGUGGAGAGGCAGUGUGAAAUGCUGUCUUCACAGGGUAAGAGAGGUUACUUCUCGGUGUUAAACAAAGUCUUCAACCGUGUUCAGUUCUUCCUGACUGUUUUCCUCAGGGAAGGCCAUCAGACUGCUCUGUUAUCUCGUUCCCGCUGAGAUGUAUUCGAGCACUUCAUGGUUUUGCACCAUGACUGAUGAGGUCAAGAUACUGAUGACUUAGUCUUGCUCUCUCAUCCAACGUGGUAUUAAUUCCUUAGUAGGUCUUACAACCUCUUGAAAUGGUAAUUGUAAAAAACCAAAUUUGGACAACAUUAGUGGGAAUUCCGGGCCCCUUUCUCUCCUAGAAAAAACAGGAUGUGAUCAGAAGUGCAUUGUGACGGUUGUCCAUUCAGUGGGACUGAAACUGCAUCCACCCUCCCUCGUUGUUGAGCUGUUCAAUGAGUGACUGUUCUGUAUGUUAAAUCAUUAAAAACGUAUCUGUGUUCCAAAAUACUGCUUGUUUGUGUGUCUUCCCUUGAACUACAAGGCAACUGUACCAAAAUGUGAGUUUGAAGAAUGCAGUGAAGAGGGACGCUAAUUUGAAUAUGUUUAAUAAAGGCAAGCAAAUAGAGGCAAAAAGGAAACCUAUUUCAUUUCAGCUUAAGAAAAGAGCAUGCUUUUUUUGGUGGUGCACAUAGAGGAUUGAGCAGGGAAAGGAAGGCAAUGAUUGUUUCAUGUUGUGAAGAUACAGUGAGAAAAGUCAAAUCUGUGCUUUCUGGUAAUAUGUCUGUGUUGUUUAAGUGAUGUCCAUCCCUCUUGCAAAAAAGCCUGAUGAUUCUGUGGUUGUCAGUGGCUGUCUAACAUCUUUCUGUUUGUCAGCUAAGAGACUUGGGUUGUUGACUUGUGUUUGGCAACAGAUUUAAUGGCAGUGCUUGAUGGAGCAACCAGCUCUGCUUCUCUGCACUGAGGUCAGUGCUGGGGAUAAUUGAAUGUGUCGUGUACUCCUUGAUUUCUGUGGUUUACCCGAAUAUUAAUGCUAGUGAGAAAUGGCAGGAGCUGAUAUCUAAUGAGGAACAGGUAUAGUAUUUGGUUGUACCAAUUUAGAAACAGUAAUUUAUGGCAGAAGGGCAAAGCAGUAAAUGCCAUCUUCAGUGAGUUUAAACUUGAGCCAUUGGCUUUGGAAGAACCUGCUGUACUGCUCUACUGGGAUGAAAUGGAUAAGUGGAUAAAAACUGUUAUUGUGAUGGGCUGGAGUUCUGAAAAGGCAAAAAGCUUCUGGCUGGAGGCCAGCACUAAACAGUUGAUGAGCUGGGAUCAUGGUCUCUGUAUUCUCAAGAUCUCACUCGUUGCAGUGGCAAUUCUUUUCUCUGUCUCCUGUUUAUGUUCAGGCUCUAAUUGCAUGGUGAACUUUUUAACAAACUGGUAGGAUUCAAAUUUGGAAUAUAAAGCACUAAGCGCAGCACAUCCUGAACAUGAGUCUUCAUUCUGAUGUGCUUUUGAAAAGCAAAUGCCUUUUUGACUUCCCUUGUCAUUUAGCUGGACAGGCUUGAGCUCUAGGAUUUGUUCUGUCUUGUGCUAGUCACUUAAGCUGCAAAGACGCUAGAUCCUUUAACCUAGCACCAUAAUGUGGUAUUUGUUCUUCAGUUAUUCUAGUCAAGGAGAGCUGGGGGAGGAGGUGAAAAGGAAUUUUCUAAGUCAGCAAGUUCCACAAAAGAUGGAGUUCAGCGAAUUAUUGUUGGUUUAUAAGAGCCCUCUGCAUUUCUUUAUGACCUGAGGCAAACAACUAACUAUAUGCAGAGAGGGAAAAAUGCCAACUUUGAAACCUGCAGGGAAUGAUGGGUAAGUACUUAGUUCUUAAUUUCUGAUCCGUGUCUAAUUAAACAGGCCGUUCUAUCCAAUAUUUUGGGUCAAAUAAGGCGGACUUGUAGCAACACGCCUAUUGUCUGUGUGUUGUUUUCCAUUUUCAAGGCAGUCUCAUGGCCACAGAUACUUGUUAGAAAUCAUGGUCUUUAGUAGAUUAGACGUAUAGAUCUUAAACGAGAAUUCUCAGGAUGCCUUCAGAUUGAAGCAUGUUUGUUGCUGUGGUCUGCUGUUUUGCCUGUGGUAAAAUAACACAAAGUUGCAGAGUGGAGAAAAUUAAGAAAUUAAUUCUGGCUGAAAAGCUUGCCUGGUGGAAGCUUUUCUAAUAUGUAUUUCAAUUAAGCAGCUAGAAGGCCACAAGCUAUAGCUGCAAAUGGAAUGGGAGGCAAGUGUCAGGUUUUCUAGAGAUGAGGUAACAGUACAAACAAAUAAAUUGUAAACACUUGAAAUGAGGACUAGCACCUGAUUACUUGCUUAUUUUAUAA